ACUUCCUCUUUCCCACAUCGAGAUCAUUGUCAACAGAAUUGGAGCGAACACGACAGACAAACAGACUCCUCACGUCAUGCAGCUUUUCACGAGUUUCCCGUUGAGUUCGGAGUCGCUCUCCGUGAAUCAUGUCUUUGCACUCGCGUUGCUUGUGUGUUUGGCGAUACUGGUUAAAUUAUUGGUUAAGAGGAGGAGGGGGAUGCGAAUUAUGGAGCCUUUUCCAGGACCACCUGCGCACUGGCUCAUCGGACACGUCAAGGAGUUUCACCAGGAUGGACAUGAUUUGGAAAAGGUCUUGAAGUGGAGUGCACAGUAUCCCUUUGCCUUUCCGCUGUGGUUUGGCCCAUCACUGUCUAUUUUGAACAUCCACCACCCAUCAUAUGUGAAGACCAUUCUCACCACUACAGAACCCAAAGAUGACUAUGCAUAUAAGUUUUUCAUUCCAUGGUUGGGCGAUGGCUUACUUGUGUCUGCUGGACAGAAAUGGUUUCGGCACAGACGGCUCCUCACUCCUGGUUUCCAUUAUGAUGUUUUGAAACCUUAUGUGAAACUUGUUUCUGAUUCAACCAAAGUCAUGCUUGAUAAGUGGGAAGUUUAUGCCAAAUCAGAGGAGUCAUUUGAACUGUUUAAGCAUGUAAGUCUGAUGACGCUAGACAGUAUCAUGAAAUGUGCAUUCAGCUGUAACAGCAACUGUCAGACAGACAGUGGAACCAACCCGUACAUCCAGGCGGUGUAUGAUCUCUGCCACCUGGUGAACCUCAGGUUCAGAGUGUUUCCAUACCACAGCAAGGCCAUAUUUCAUCUCAGUCCACAUGGAUACAAAUUCAGGAAGGCGUCCAGCAUAGCACACAAUCAUACAGAGGAAGUUAUCAGAAGGAGAAAGGAAGUCUUGAAGAUUGAGAAGGAACAGGGCAUUGUUAAAAACAAACGAUAUUUGGACUUUUUGGAUAUUCUUCUGUCUGCCCGAGACGAGCAUCAGCAGGGUUUGUCGGAUGAGGAUAUCAGGGCUGAAGUGGACACAUUCAUGUUUGAAGGGCAUGACACCACGGCCAGUGGAAUAUCCUGGAUCUUCUACAAUCUGGCAUGUAACCCUGAGCACCAGGAGAAAUGCAGGGAGGAGAUCCUGCAGGUGCUGGAUGGAAAAGACACAGUGGACUGGGAAGACAUCAAUAAAAUUCCUUAUACCACAAUGUGCAUUAAAGAAUCCCUGCGGCUUUGCCCACCUGUCCCGGGAAUAUCACGAAAGUUGACUAAACCUUUAACUUUCUUUGAUGGAAGAACUGUACCUGAAGGUUGUACCAUUGGAAUUAGCAUUUAUGGGAUCCACAUGAAUGCCUCAGUGUGGGAGAAUCCAUAUGUGUUUGAUCCGUUAAGGUUUCUGCCGGAAAACGUUGCUAAGAGGUCGCCGCAUGCUUUCGUGCCGUUCUCUGCUGGACCCAGGAACUGCAUCGGACAGAACUUUGCCAUGAAUGAGAUGAAAGUUGCAGUGGCGCUGACACUGAAGAAAUAUCGCCUGAUUAAAGACCCCCAGCACACCCCGAAGAUGCUCCCUCAAGUCGUGCUCAGAUCAGUCAAUGGGAUUCACAUCAAGAUCAAACCAGUAGAAAAUGAUUCUUGAUAAGCUAGCGGGUACACUGAGCCUGUCUGACAUGCUAGGAGGUGUGUUUGCCUUGAGAAUAAUGAUAAUGACUUAAUUUAAAUAUUUAACUCCUGGAAACUGGAUGGUUAGUGAACAAGACACUGAUUUUUGAAAUACCACACACUAAGUCGCCCACCUGUGUCGAGAAUUCGGUCCUUCAGCCCCGUUCACACACACAAUUUGUGUCGCUGGUCGCUAUGUACUGCUUGGUUGCUUUUACUCAUGGCACCAGAAGUCACCAGCUUUUGAAAGUUCCAGUAGUGUAAACAGGGCUUGAUUGUCUGUUAUACUGUAUUUACAACGCGGGUAAGGAAUAAUGUCCAAGCAAUACAAAUUAAUUUGAUGUACUGAAUGAAUCUUUUGCCUCAGCUACAUUGCUGCAUUCCUUCUAAAGCUAAACGUCUCUAAUGUGGAAUGAAUGUGGAUGAAAUCUUGUAACCUUUAAUUAGUCUUAAUGAAGAUUAAAACAGGUUUGUUAAUUAGCUUGUUUUUGUUUUUUGAAAAGUGCAUUGCAUUUUUAAUGUAUAAAUGUUAGUGUUUUUGGUGAAUAGUUUACUCCCGUCAGCACUACACAUUUUAAAUAUAAAUUCAAUUUUACAUCAUUUGAACUAAACUGUGAGGAGAUCCUUAGAAGAAUAGUUUACCCAAGAAUAAAAAUUCUGUAAUUUA